AUGACAGAUUGUCACAUUCAGGAUGGUGAACACAAACAUGAUCAGAUUAUUAAACAAUAUCGUCAAGUAAAACCUGAUUCAGAUAAAUCAACAAAAGAAUUAACAAAUGAACUUGAAAAAAAAUUAGCAAAAGCUUUAUUUAUUACACGACUUGGAAAUUAUAUUUAUUAUCUUUAUUAUUUUAAAAAUGAAAAGAUUAAUACAUAUUUAUGA